UAGGCGGCGCCGGGAGCGACGCGGCUCGCAGCGGGCGCGGCCCCUGACACACACCUCGGAGGUGUUCCACCAGUUCUGCCUGCUCGACCUCCAGCCGCCGACGUCGCACAAGGAGGUGCCCGCCGCAGUGGAGCAGGUCAAGGCCAAGCAGAAAUACUUCCAGAUGUGCGCUCAGAAGGCGAGGCAGGACCGCUGCGAGAGAGCGGCCAUCUCUGGCGGCGGCGGCGGCUCCGUGCCGCACCUCACACUCCGGCUCAACUCGACGUCACUGGGUGACGCACCGACCCGCACGCCGCCGCCGGGCGAGUUGGUCACGCUGCACAGCAUCGGCGUCCAGCUACCCUACCAGAUGACGAUGGCGGCGCCGGCCUCCUACCAGCCGCAGUUGUCGCUCGAGAGCAGCGCCUCGUGCCCGGCCGCCAUGCCGUCCGCAGAGUCGGCCUCGUCGCGGCCGUCGAGCCGCGACAGCGGCGUGCCGUCGGCGCCGCUCAGUGCCGAGGCUACCGAGGCCGAGCGCGACCCGUUUGCUGAGGCUCUGCAGCGCCGGCUGGGCCUGGUGUGA